AUGUCGAAGAUGAACAAAAGCGAGAAAGAGUUAUAUCAAGCAGUUCAUGCCAUGACAUUCACAGACAUUCGCAAUGAACUACAGCUACAUAGUCUACCCAUUACCUUCACGAGAACGUCUUGUACUCAAAGCUGUUUAAGUACAAACGACAACAACUGGCGACGGAAUCUGCAUCAAAAGUAAACCCUUCGAAGAGAAUGAUUACACGGCAAGCAGCAAAGGCCCAAUCUGAAUUAGCAAUGGUGCGAAAUCUCGAAGGCUCUUUGACACAGUUCGCCGCACAAGAAGCAUUAAAUAUACCAAGCGAACAAGAAGCAUCACUAAACGAAAUGCUCGAAGCGAAGGUCAACAGAGCAAAAUUAUCCACAGAAGAAAUCGACCACCGCGUAGAACAAAUAUUGGACACACGACUAGUAAACAUUUAGCUGAAUGGCAAGAACAGUUUUUGCAGGUCUUGACAGAGACUCAAGUCGCCGCGAAUAAGUCCCCUGUUAUUGAGAAACCCUGCGUCAAAGAGAAAGGUCAACCACUUGAAGCAUCUAUACCAUUUAAUAAGAUGAGCUAUUGUGAUGACGAAGAAAUUAGCCAGCUAGGACAAAAGCAAAAAUUUGUCGGCACGUCAAUUGAAGUACUCAUGCAUGAAAUGCACAAGUUUAUGACAGAUGCGAAAUCACAAAGGCAGCUGGAUAAAGCACUGGAAUGGUUGAAAUCAUUAGAGAAAUAA